AUGCCUGCCAGCUUCCAGCGGAGCCGCGCCAUCUUUGCCAGCGAUGAUUCGCCUUGGAGGCCACGCUCGUUCUACGCCCACCGACGACAGAUCCAGCGGGCCCUACCCGUGGCUGCUGCAGCCUUCUGCACGCUGCUUCUUCUCAUCCUCUUCCGCCUCGGCCUCUUCAGCUCAGACCAGCCACCACCGCUCAUCGUCGAUCCCACACCACCCCACGACGAUGGCAGCUCUCGACCACCCUUCUACCUCUGGGAGACGGCGAGCUCCUUCAAGCCCGUGACUCUCGAUCCCAAGGGCAAAUCGGUCAAGGACCUCUGCGCGACCUUUCCGCGCCACAUCCUCGACACCAUUCAACCUGUUUUGAAGCUCGGGCAUGCCGACCUCGGAAAGCCGGCGCUCGACGCCCAGAUGAAGACAGUCUCGGCUUGCCUCGACAACGUCCUCGUCUUCUCCGACCUCGACGACGAACUGCCCUCGGGCCACUUUGCCCACGAUGUCCUCUCCGACCUCCCUGCCUCGUACCGCGACCACGUCGACUUUGGAAACUAUACAUACAUGAGACAGCUGCGUGAGAGCGGCGCUCUCGACGUCGACAAGGAGGCCACGGCCAAGAUCAGGGGCUGGAAUCUUGACAAGUACAAGUUCCUCCCCAUGAUCGAGCGAGCGUGGUCCGCACGCCCCAACCACCCCUGGUACGUCUUUUACGAGACCGACACGUACAUCUUCUGGGACAACAUGUUCCGCCUCCUCGACAACUUUGACCCCGACGCCCCGCUCUACAUGGGCAGCCCGAGCCCCGGCCGCGAGGUCGCCGACACGAAGCACCAGGUCUGGUUCGCCAACGGCGGGCCGGGCUUCGUGCUGAGCCGCGAAGCCGUGCGGAGGCUGCUGAAGCGCCAGGUCGGCGCCGACGGAGACUAUCUCGACGCGCCGGCCAGUCACCGCUGGCGGGACCUGCUGGAGCACGACUGCUGCGGCGACAGCGUGCUCGGCUGGGCGCUCUACAAGGCCGGCGUCACGCUGAGCGGCCUCUGGCCGCUGUUCAACCCGCACUCUCUGCAUGCCGUCCCCUUUUCCGACAAGUACUGGUGCCAGCCCGUCGUCGCGCUGCACAAGACGCGGCCGGCCGACAUGGAGGAGCUGUGGCGGUGGGAGCACGCCAACAGGAAGCACGAGUUCCACCACCCAGGACAGCCCAGCACCCGUGCCGACUGGGACAACAUGUGGGAGCCCAUCACCAUCGAAGGCCCACCCAAAACGGCAACCUUUGAGGAGUGCGGCGCCGCCUGCCAGGAGCAUUCCGCGUGCUUCCAGUACAACUGGCACGGUAACAAGUGUUACCUCGUGCAGUCCAUCCGGCUGGGCCACGCGCGCGACGCCGAGAAGGAGACGGAGGAGCACAAGGGCGGCAGCUUCCAGAGUGGAUGGCUGUCGGAGAGGAUAGCAGAGUGGCGGCAACAACAGAGGUGUGAGGUUGUCCAAUGGGUUCGGCCGAGUCUGACGAGAAUCUACUGAGUGGCUGUGUAAUUUUGGGCUAUGGUGUUUUUGAACAGUGGCCACGGGUGGUUUUGGUGCUUUCAUCGGCGAACAUGCACGGAUAUGGCCUUGGGGGAUCUCUAUGGGCCUACGAUUCGGCUUCAAUACUACGG